AUGAUCCGCAAACCAAAUAUCCAGGGCAGAUUUUAUCUCUCUCAAAAUGAAGAAGACACCAUCCACCUUGACAAUUGCAGAGUACCACAGCACCAUAUUGAAGGGAUUCGUUUCCUCUACAAACAGUUUAAAAGGAAAAGGAAUGGAGUGAUUAUAAAUGAUCCAUUGGGUUUUGGAAGAAAUAUCCAAAUAACUUUGUUCCUGAAGGCUGUGCAGCCGUUGCUCAGCAGACCAGUACUGAUCUUGUGCGAGGAGGGCAGUGAAAAUGACUGGUACGAACGGUUUUUUACAUGGACAGAUUUAUCUAAUGAUGUUGUUAUAGAGGCGAAGAAUCCGAUGUUGAAGAAGGCGGUGAUCAUCAACACCAUGGUGAACCUGCACCUGUUCUGCGCUCGCGACUGGAGCAUCAUCAUCGUGGACGGAGACAAGGUCACCUCCACCAACCCCUUACUCAAGUUACCGUUAAGAUCCAGCUUCAAGAUAUGGAACACCCAAGUUAAUCUCAAGGAAAAUCUGGACAGGUUUGAAGAAGUAUACAAAUGGAUGUAUCCGCAGGAAACAUUUGACAAAAAUUACUUCACUGCUAACUCCGACAGUGCUGUGGAUGUGAUAGAGAAGUCUAUUCUUCUGGAUUCCUUUCUAGAAGAUAUUCUUCUUCGACGGGAAGAUCUGAAUUCUUCUUAUGAGAAAUACCAAAGAGAGGUUGUAAUGCCACCACCAAAGAGUACAUCACUAAUGCCCUCGAUACUGCCUACCUUCAACACUCCGAACACAACCAUAACGCCGGUGCUAGGCCCGGCGCCGCCGCCCCCGCCCCCCGCUCCGACGCCUACCGUUACUAUAACCAAGAAGAACAAAGACGCUACCGGGACUAAAAUAAAACGAUCGAAAACAAGAAUCGACGCAGAGACCGCUAACAAACCGUACGAACCUGUACUACCAAUAACUACCAGUAUCACCAAAGUUAUCGGUGAAACAUCCAAAACUUAUGACACGUUCGACCGCAAUGAAGACUUCAGUAUUGAAAAUUAUAAAAGAAAAAAUAAGGACAGUGUAGACGUAAACAAAGAUAAACCAAUUCAAAUAAUAGAGAUUGACAAUCGUUGCGACGUAAAAUCCGGUUACGAACCGGGCGCCGAGUCGAAAUCAACGGACAAGUUGGAAGAGAUGGACACACUUGUAUUUGGCCACGACACUUUCAUUAGCAAGGUGUCGGAUCACUACAAGGCCGGCCACACGGCUUCUGAUAAAAAGGAGACAGAACCGCACACCAUACUCACGUGCAAACCAAUAGGAGAACAAAGUACACACAAAGUAUAUCCAGACAACAAAAAAUGUAGCAGUACAGUCACUUCAAGCUCUAGAAAACUUUACGAAUCAUCGCACAGUGACCCUGAGAGAGAUAAAAAGAAUGAUAGGACAAGUUCGUCGACACGAGAUGUAGACACUGCUAGAGUGAACCUCGAGGAGCUGAAUAAAGAAAUGAGGGAUCUCGGCACUAGAGAUAAUUCCGACAAAGUUGCUAAAAGACAAAAAACAGAUAAUGCGCCCAAAACUGUACUAACAUUUGAACAAUAUAAAGCGAAAUCAAGUUUAUCAAUCAAACAAGCCAGUGGUUCUGGCACCAAGGGCACAGAACAAGUAACAAAUAGUCUUAAACGUAAUAAUAUAGAUGAUAAGUUGAAAGAAUGUGAAGAAAAGGUCUCUAAGAAAUUCAAGGGAUCUUUUUUAGAUAGUCUGUUUUGA